AUGUAUUAUGACUGCCGUUACAUAUCUGCUUGUGAGGCAGUGUGGAGGAUAUAUGGAUUUCCUAUUCACCAUCGAACCCCACCUGUUGAGAGAUUGAGUUUCCAUCUACAUGGGGAGCAAACGGUCGUCUACACUGACCAGAUGGACGUGGGAGAUGUACUUGAGAGACCUAAUGUUGAUAAAACAAAGUUUUUAUCGUGGAUGGAAUGCAACCAAAAGUAUGAAGAAGCAAGACAGUUGACGGUAUACCAUGUCGCUCCAGGUUCUGGUGAGAAAUACUAUCUAAGAACGCUCCUUAAUUUUGUCAAAGGUCCGACGUGCUACGAGGAUAUAAGAACCGUUGAUGGUUUAGUGUAUCCAACCUUCAAAGAAGCUUGCUACGCAAGGGGGCUGCUUGAUGACGACAAGGAAUACAUAGACGCCAUAACAGAGGCAAGCUUUAGAGAAACGGGGCAUUAUCUACGGAAUCUGUUUUGCAUGUUACUUAUGUCUGGUAGCUUAUCUAAACCAGAAGACAUAUGGGAAAAGACAUGGCACCUACUAUCUGAUGACAUUCUAUAUAAACAACGUCGUAUUCAUAAAAACAAAGAUUUAACUCUAACUGAUGAACAAAUUCAAGCGUUUGCACUGGCAGAUAUUGAAGCUAAACUGCAAAGUAAUGGCAGUAGUCUUCGAAAAUUCAGUGAGAUGCCUUUUCCAGAUGAAUUAGUCGUGUUUGAAGGUCAAAAUAAGCUAAUAGCGGAUGAGCUUUCAUAUGACAUACCCUCAUUAAUUCAGGAAUAUGACAAACUGUUUCCAUGUCUAACCGAAGAACAACUAAUGGUUUUCAACGAAAUAAUGCACUCUGUUAAUGGCCAAUCAGGAGGUGUGUUUUUUGUAUACGGAUAUGGAGGCACGGGUAAAACAUACAUUUGGAGGACAUUGUGUGCUGCAAUUAGGAAGAUGGGUGAAAUUGUUUUGCCAGUAGCAUCAAGUGGAAUUGCGUCCCUACUUCUUCCAAAAGGUCGAACCGCCCAUUCAAGGUUCGGGCUUCCACUCAAUGUUUGUGAAAACUCUACGUGUGUAGCUAUUAGGCCUGGUUCUGACUUAGCUGCAUUGCUCAUGAGAACAAAGCUAAUUAUCUGGGAUGAAGCACCAAUGAUGCACAAAUAUUGCUUUGAAGCACUUGAUAGGAGUUUAAAGGACAUUAUGCAAGCUGUUGAUCGAGAUAAUUUGCAUCGACCAUUUGGAGGUAAAGUUUUGAAGCUUACACGCAAUAUGAGACUUCAAUCAUGUUCUUCUUCGUCUACCGCUAAUGAAAUAAGGGACUUCUCAGAAUGGAUACUAAGCGUUGGUGAUGGCAGAGCUGGAGGGCCCAAUGAUGGAGAAGUCGAUAUUGAAAUCACUGAAGAUAUUCUUAUAGACGGUGGAGAUGACCCCAUAUCAUCGAUUGUCGACAGCACAUACCCUUCACUCACUGAUCACCUUUGGGAAGUCAAAUACUUCCAAGAAAGAGCAAUUCUAGCUCCAACUAAUGAAAUAGUUGAGAAGGUAAAUGAUCAUGUGUUGUCCACAAUUCCAGGUGAUAAGAAAAUUUACUUGAGUUGUGAUGCAAUUAGUAAAGAUGAAGGGAACUUAGGGGCUCAUGAUAAUAUUCUACUGAAUUCUUAA